AUGGCUCCCACCGGGUUCUUCAAGCUCAAAAGGCAUAAUAAUUGGAAACAGAAAUGGGGAGAAAACGGUCCAAAGGAGCAGACAGAUGCUGUGAUCGUUGUGGGCAACGUCAGAAUACCGGUACAUAAUACGAUAAUUGCGGCCGGAAGUCGAUAUUAUCGCCAAUGGCUCGCCGUUCGUCCGCAGAAGACCGAAAUCCCAGAGAUACAACUCUCACAUAACUUGGAAAGCGGCAACGUCCACACAGCUUGGAGAGUGAUAGAGCUGCUAUACUGCCAGAGCUACACACUAAAACCUUGCCCUCUUGUGAAUCAGCCAGGUGAUUGCUUCCUUAAUGCUCCUGCAUAUACCAGUCAUGUGGGGAAGGAGACUAAUAACCGACAAGACGAUAGAGGACACCUAGAACGAAGAGCCGCUGUCUAUCAGCUGGCGGAAUACCUUGGCUUGCCGCAGGAUUUGCAGGACAUCGCGUUCGACUACUAUCGAAGAGCGAUCGAAAAGGAAUGGGAGGUUGAUGAUCUACUAAACUCAAUAAACGUGAUACUGAAGCCGGUUCUUGAGCUAGACACUCUACAGUCUACUCAGAAGGAUGAGCUGCAGGAGAGCCGGAUUGUGGAUUUGAUGUUCUAUCAUCUCCAUAAGAGGCGGAUUUUGUUCAAGGACGACCGUCUCCUCAGCUUGCAUCUGCAAUCAUGCUCAGUAUUCCUGGACAUUUUCGUUCGUUCCUGGACAAAUUUUCGUGGCAACUGA